AUGGGGUCCCUGCUCUGGAUUAUGGGCACCUCAACGCGGAUUAUGGGCUCACAGCUCAGAUUAUGGGCACUCCAACCUGGAUUAUGGGCAUUUCAAGCUGGAUUAUGGGAUCACGCUCUGGAUUACGCACCCACAUCCCAGAUUAUGGGCACCCCAACCUGGAUUAUGGCGUCACACCCUGGAUUAUGGGCAUCUCAACCUGGAUUAUGGGAUCACACUCUGGAUUAUGGGCCCACAUCCCGGAUUGUGGGGUCACACCCUGGAUUAUGGGCGCCCCAAUCCGGAUUAUGGGGUCACACCCUGGAUUAUGAGCACUCCAACCCGGAUUAUGGGCAUCUCAACCCGGAUUAUGGGCCCCCCAACCCGGAUUAUGGGCAUCUCAACUUAGAUUAUGGGCUCACACCCUGGAUUAUGGGCACUCCAACCCGGAUUAUGGGCAUCUCAACCCGGAUUAUGGGCACCUCAACCGGGAUUAUGGGGUCACACCCUGGAUUAUGGGCACUCCAACCCGGAUUAUGGGCAUCUCAACCCGGAUUAUGGGCACCCCAAUCCGGAUUAUGGGGUCACACCCUGGAUUAUGGACACCCCAACCCAGAUUAUGGGCAUCUCAACCCGGAUUAUGAGGAUACUCCUGGAUUAUCCAUCCAUCUUCUCGAUAAAGGGCAUCCCCCCCCCCCCCGGAUUAUGGGUAUUUGCACCCGGAUUAUGGGCAGCCCAAGCCCAGAUUAUGAAGAGGCCCCUGGAUUAUGGGGCCUCACUGUGGAUUAUGAACACUACAAAGCUGGAUUAUGGGCCUCACUCUGGAUUAUGAACACUACAAAGCUGGAUUAUGGGAUCCUCCUGGAUUACGAGCCCCCCCCUUUGGACUGUGGGGCUCCAAUCCCAGAUUAUGGGUGCACCAUUCCCAGAUUACGGGGUCCUCCUGGUUUCUGUGACUCCAAAUGCAGAUUAGGGGGACCCCCCCAUGGGAUUAUGGUCAUUUCAUCCCUGGAUUUCGGGGUUCAGCCCCAGAUUAUGGCAUUCCCUGGAUUAUGGCACACUAAAUCUGGAUUAUAAAACACUACGUCCGGAUUAUGAGACUGAAUCCCGGAUUAUGGGGAUCCCUCGGAGUGUGGAUCCCUAAUCUGAGAUUAUGGGCCUCUAAUCUGAAUCUAUAGGCCUCUAAUCCCAUCUUUUGGGACUCCCAUCCCAGAUUAUGGAGGUCUAAUCCCAUAUUAUGGGUCUCUAAUAUGGGAUUAGGGGAUCGCAAUCCCAGAUUAUGGGGUUUCCCCCAGAUUAUGGGCCUCUAAUCUCGGGUUCUGGGACUCCCAUUAGGAAUUACGGCACUGUAGUCUUGUAUUAUGGGGUGUAUCCCCAUAUUAUUGGUCUUCAAUGUGGGAUUAGGGGAUUGCAAUGCCAGAUUAUGGGGUUUCCUUACAUAGUAGGUCUGUAAUAUAGGAUUACGGGACUCUAAUCCCAUAUUAUGGGCCUCUAAUCCCAUAUUAAGGCUCUCUAAUCCCACAUUAUAGACUGUAAUCCCAGAUAAAGGCUCUCUAAUCCCGUACUAAGGGCCUUUAAUCCCAUAUUAUGGACUGCAAUCCCAGAUUAAGGGUCCCUAAUCCCAUAUUAAGGCUCUCUAAUCCCACAUUAUGGAUUGUAAUCCCAGAUUAAGGCUCUCUAAUCCCGUAUUAUGGUCUGUAAUCCCAGGUUAAGAGUUCCUAAUCCCAUAUUAUAGGCUGUAAUCCCAGAUUAAGGCUCUCUAAUCCCAUAUUAUGGGCUGCAAUCCCAGAUUAAGGCUCUCUAAUCCCAUAUUAUGGGCUGCAAUCCCAGAUUAAGGGUCUCUAAUCCCAUAUUAUGGGCUGCAAUCCCAGAUUAAGGGUCCCUAAUCCCAUAUUAUGGGCUGUAAUCCCAGAUUAAGGGUCCCUAAUCCCAUAUUAUGGUCUCUAAUCCCAGAUUAAGGCUCUCUAAUCCCAUAUUAUGGUCUCUAAUCCCAGAUUAAGGGUCUCUAAUCCCAUAUUAUGGGCUGUAAUCCCAUAUUAAGGGUCUCUAAUCCCAUAUUAUGGGCUGUAAUCCCAGAUUAAGGCUCUCUAAUCCCGGAUUAAGGACCAUAAUCCCGGAUUAUGGGAUCUCCCCACAAAACCACAGCAGCGUUGGGUCCCAAUUUCUUUAUUUUCCACCCCAAAAAUUGAACCCCCCCCCCCCCCCCAAAAAAAAGGCAAAAAACCCCAAAAUCGGUAAAAGCGCCGUUUGUACAGAAGUGCAAUUUUCAAAGAAAAGCUCCAAAAUGAA